AGAUGGAGCCCCCUUGGGGCCUUGGAUUGGCCAGGACCUGCACUGGGAUGGGGGCCGAGGGGCUGGCCUAGGCCUGGGUGGGGGGGGGGACUUUUAAGGAGCCCUUGGCCCAGCCCACGCCGCGCCCCGCCCCUUUCCCUUCCCUGGUCUGGAGUGGGGAGCUUAAGGAUGCACCAGGGACCUCCUCCUGGGACCCCAGCCGAAGGCCCAGCAGUUGGCGUGGACGCCGGGCUCUGGCAGAUUGUAGGACGUGCCAGAGCUAAGGCCCUGGCAAGGCCUCAGUGUCAGCCCGCGAGAAUCUCUAUGAGGUUACCCUUUUGCCGGGGUUUCCCGCAAAUCGGCUACUGGCUACAGCACUUUUUAUAUUACUGGCGCUGUGCCAGGCACUGGGGAUUCGUAAAAUAUCGUUCCAAUUUUCAGGGUCAAGUUUGGGAGCGAGAUAUAAACAAAUAAGUGCUCCUAUGAUAUGUGUAUCAGUAUAUAUUUAUGAGCUGGCCAAAGGUCCGUUGCUGGGAAAGCUGAAGAAAGAAAGUGAUGCCUGAAUUAUACUUCUUGGAGAGGAUAAGGUGGAGAAGAGCUUUUUCAGGCAGACGGAACAGUUGCAAGUCUGCCAAAAUGUCUGAAAGAUCAGAUCUCCUUCACUUCAAGUUUGAAAAUUAUGGAGAUUCAAUGUUACAAAAAAUGAACAAAUUAAGAGAAGAGAAUAAAUUUUGUGAUGUUACAGUUCUCAUAGAUGAUAUUGAGGUACAGGGGCAUAAAAUUGUGUUUGCUGCAGGUUCCCCCUUCUUAAGAGACCAAUUUUUACUGAAUGAUUCCGGAGAGGUGAAAAUCUCCAUAUUGCAGAGUUCCGAAGUGGGGAGACAAUUGCUCUUAUCCUGUUAUAGUGGUGUGCUGGAAUUCCCUGAGAUGGAACUGGUAAAUUACUUGACUGCUGCGAGUUUUCUACAGAUGAGCCACAUUGUAGAACGGUGCACACAGGCCUUGUGGAAGUUUAUAAAGCCAAAACAACCAAUGGAUAGUAAAGAGGGAUGUGAACCGCAGAGUGCUUCUCCCCAGUCCAAAGAACAGCAGGGAGAUGACAGAGGCUCCCCAAAGCAGGACUCACCUUGUAUUCAUCCAUCUGAAGACAGUAUGGAUAUGGAGGACAGUGAUAUUCAGAUUGUUAAGGUAGAGUCUAUUGGGGAUGUAUCCGAGGUUAGAAGUAAAAAAGAUCAGAACCAGUUUGUUUCUUCUGAACCCACUGCUUUACAUUCAUCAGAGCCCCAGCACUCCCUGAUAAAUUCAACUGUGGAAAACAGAGUAAGUGAAAUAGAACAAAACCACCUCCACAAUUAUGCCCUCUCUUACACAGGCAGUGAUAACAUCAUCAUGGCCUCCAAAGAUGUCUUUGGGCCCAAUAUUCGAGGUGUAGACAAAGGCCUACAGUGGCAUCACCAAUGCCCAAAGUGUACCAGGGUGUUUCGUCACCUGGAGAACUACGCCAACCAUUUAAAAAUGCACAAACUCUUUAUGUGUCUACUCUGCGGCAAGACUUUUACUCAGAAAGGCAACCUUCAUCGACACAUGCGUGUGCAUGCCGGCAUUAAACCUUUCCAGUGUAAGAUCUGUGGGAAAACCUUUUCUCAGAAGUGUUCCUUACAGGAUCAUCUUAACCUUCACAGUGGAGAUAAGCCCCAUAAGUGUAACUAUUGUGACAUGGUUUUUGCACAUAAGCCAGUUUUGAGGAAACACCUUAAACAGCUGCAUGGCAAAAACAGCUUUGAUAAUGCCAAUGAAAGAAAUGUGCAAGACCUCACAGUGGAUUUUGAUUCUUUUGCAUGUACAACAGUCACAGACUCUAAAGGGUGUCAGCCACAGCCUGAUGCAACACAGGUCCUGGAUGCAGGUAAACUGGCCCAAGCUGUCCUGAACCUAAGGAAUGAUAGUACUUGUGUGAAUUGAGUAGGGGCUUUAUGCUCACAACUAGAACUGACUGAAAACGUGGCAAUAGUCUGAGUCUUUUUAGGAGUGAAUUUGCUAGUUUGACUUCUCCAAAGCCUCUGUGCAGGUGGUAGGGGUGAAUCAAAGCACUAACAGACCAGGCAACUUACCACUCGGAGUGGUCUUGCCUUCCUUUUGCCCUCUCCCAUUUUCUGUUUUGAAUUAUUUAUCUUGUGACAUCUGUUUGCCUUUCCCAAGGAGUAUUCCAUUUGUCUACCUAACAUUGACUUACUUAUGUUUUAGACUGACACCAUUUGAGGCUUCUCAGUGAAGGUACCAACAAGUUAGUAACAUCACCUGCACUCCAUUAAUGGAUGCUAUGCUAAGAGAAGUGAAUAACAUUUUUCUUUGGCAGAAAAUAGGCUGAGAUACAAGGUGAUAUUGCUGUUGGCCUGAAUAUGUGAUAGAACUUCUGGUUGCCUAACGAUAAUUCAUCUAUAUGUAUGAUGAAUGAAUGAAUUUGCUUCCUUCCAUUUGUACUUUUCUUGGAGCUGGCUAUAAAGAAGUAUUUUGGGUUGUUCUGUACUCUUUUCAACAGUAUUAUAGCUCUACUUCAUGUUGAUGAAUUGUUCACGUAGACCAGAGUGCAGUCUUCUCAGCAACACCUGCAGACAUUGUUAGGAAUCACCAGGAGCAUAAUCAACAAAGGAUAGAAGUACAGCUGUACAACAGUACGUACAUGGGAGACUUCCCCCAAAGAAGCCAAAUGCUUAUAAUUCACGUGUCACUUAUUUGUUGAUGCUUUUGAAGUCAGGAUGGCUCCAGGUGUACUUACAAUAUUCUCUCUAAAAGGGCGCUAUUUGGGAGUCACUCUCUGCCCUGUUUUAGAGGUUGACCAUCAGAAAGGUGUUUUGUCCACUCUGAAGGUGUUUGCCUUCAGAGUUUUGUCCAGUGUACAAAUAGUCUGAAUUCUCAUUUUCCUAUGUAUCUUAAUUUCCAAAAUAGAUGGAAACAGUGGAUCACAGAGGAACAAUCAGGUUUUUGCAUUCAGAAUUCCUGUAAAGGUACACAGUCUCACCUUGCCUUGUUUGGUAGAUGGCUAAUACAAAGUUGAUCUUCCAAUAUGGAAAAACAAAAUAACUGUUUUUCCUAAAGCACGUUAUAUAUAGUUCAGAAACAACUUGAGUCUUACUAGUUUCUGACCCAUGAGGUAGAUUUAGGUAAUAGGAGUGUUAGAGUCCUUAGAGAAUCUUAAGAGAUCAUUUACUCCACUUCUUUUUAAAUUGGGGUAUCCAAAGCCCAAAGAGGUGGCCUGGCCAAGGUUGGCCAAAGUAGAUAAGUAAUUAAAUGUGAGCUAAUGUUACCUCACUAUCUCUUGGCUUAAAAAGAUUUAGUACAUGAUCAAGAAUAUAUUAGCAAAAAGCUCACUUUGUGAAUCCCUGUUGACUUUCUGAGACAGCCUGGAUUUUGCAAACAAAAUAUGACAGAUGGAUUUAUUUUUGUUAGUUAAUUAUUUUUUGGUGAGAAUGAACAUUCUUCCCAGGAAAGUGACUGAUUUGCUGGGUGUUGGUUACGGAGGGAAAGAAAAGUAAGAAUAAAUGUGAUAAGGAUCCAAAUUUGCAACAGAUUUUGUCUGGAAACAGUGUUUAGUUUUCACCGGGAUUUUCUGUUUUUAUUUUUGAGCUGAGAGUGCAUGUACAGAUAAACCAAAAAUUAAGAUUAACUUGAGUAGUCAGAGGAAAUUCUUAUUGUUAUAAUUUGAUGCAUUUACAUGUGAAUCUGAUUUGAGGUAUAAUUUCUUUUAUUAAAAGAUUUAAAAUGAAGAAUAAAAUUGAGUGAUAAGACUAAUAGGUACCUUAUGCCUAAAGUCACUCAUUAUAUAAUCUAAUGAUACUGCCUAGCAUUCUGAUUUUUAUAUGAUCCAGCCAAAGAGUACCAAUUCUAUGCAAUAGUGAGACACUAACAUGUUAGCCAGCAUUUUCUCUGAACAUCACUUCAUCACAGAAAUUUCAAUUUGGAGUGCUUCCUUUGCUUGCAUUCGUGUCCUGUUUUGUUACUGGUUUGAAGACUAAAAGGCGUAGGUUCAAAAUAAGAUUGGUCUCUUUGGUUGGAGACUAUUACUGGGUUCAUUCAGUCAUUCGAGAAAUAUUUAUUGAGCACCAACUGUUGCCAGGCACUAUGCUAGAUACUGAGGAUAUGAAGGUAAGAUUGCUGUGGUCCCUGCCCUCACAGAGCUUAGUCUCAUGUGGUCUUAGGAAGAUAAGGUGUUGAUUUGAUUUUAUACUAGGAAUAAUAAAGGAAACUGCCUUGCUUUCUUUGAUCACUUAAAAUCAGCAUCUUCAUGGUUUUGUAUCAAUAAAAGUUAUAGUUCUCACCUUUUGUAACUGCAAACCACUGAAGUGAUUUACAGCCUCCUCCAUUUCUUGGCUGGAGAGGUGUCCUGUUUCUGUGAGACAUUUUCUUAAUUUUGAUGGGACUUGACUUUUCUCCUUUGUUAUACGUUUCAUAAAUUGUAUUGCAAAAUCGUCAAGUUAUUGGUAUAAAAUACGUUUUAUAGGGGAAGAUGACUUUCCAAACUAGUCAUAUUCUUACAAAGAUUUUUAAAAACCUUAGUUAUUCAGCAUUUGUAUUGUAUGGAUCCCCAGGAUAACUAAAAAGGAGAGAACAUUCUCUUUACCAUAGUUUGUUUAAAAAAAUUACUGUCACUGUUAUUUAUUUAUUAUUUAAUUUUAAAGACAAACUCCAAACUGAAGUGGCUCUGAGGUAAAUCAGAUGUGGUUUUAAUUUGUUUUAGUUUCUUUAUUAGAUCUAUAAGUGGAAGGUGACCAGUGUCAUUACUUCUAAAAUAUUGUCCUAAACAAACAAUCCAGAACAUUUUAUUUCAGCUGGUGAAUAGCUGUUCUAAAUCUGUUGUAUGUUAGACAUACUAUGACCUACCUCGUCACUUAUUAUGGGGAAGUUUCCUUAAUAAAAGUGUGACAAUU